AUGUUCAUCAAUAGUCUUCCAUCCGAUACCGAUCUUCAUCGGCUGAAAGAUGAAAACAACAGUUCUGGCAAUGGCGAAGAGGAAUAUUGGAGCCUUGACGAAUUACGGAAAUUUCCCUUUGUGAUUCAUGGAUCUGUAGAUUCGAUUGAUAGAGAUGUUAUUUAUUGGAUUCCGAUUGAUUCAACUUUAACAAAUUCCAAACGAACUCGAUUACCAAGUCAAAAGAGAUGUUUUCAAUUUUGUGUUGAGAAUAAGCAAUAUGAAAAUAGAAAUUUAAUUGUUGUGGAUACGGAGAGAGGAAUUGUUGUGGAUUGUUUUAAAGGAACCUGCGAUGCGAUAAAUAAUCAGAUUAAAUUAACGUAUCACUUGCACAAACAAGAACAUGAGUGUCCUGUGAAAGAUUUUGUUCAGAGAAACAUUGUACUAAAGAUGACGCGAGGCAUGAGACAAAUUUUGUCGAUGGUUGGAAGAGUGUGUAGAAUUCACAAAGCCAAAAUACGACAACAACAAGUGAUGAAGGAAUUCCUUGGAACUGAAAAUUUGGAUCUAGUAACUGAUUUAUUGGAACGUAUGAAUGUUAUUCAUGGCUAUAUUGAAGAGGACUUGACUUUGAUGUAUCACGAUAACAUGAAAUCCAAUUUAAAGUCGUUACAUUUCAUGAAAAGAGUUGAGAGCGUACAAGCUGUUGUCUAUUCUUUAAUUUGUAAACAAUGCAUUCUGUGGGAAAAGGAAUUUCGAUCAAAACAACUAAAAACACCUCUAGACAAAGAAGGCCUACGAACAUGGCUCAAUAAUCAUGGUUUUGAUGAUCACAAUUUAUUCAAAAAUUUUAGACAGUUAAAAAAGAAACAACGAACACAAGAUCUUCCAGAAUUGAUUCAGCAACUCUUUGAAACAAAACCAACACAGACAAAAUCCACCGAAUUAGAUGCUAAAACUGCGGGAGAAGAAGGAGACUUUUUACACAUUAUCAAAUCUAUUACCUUUCAAAUGGUUCAAACGGAUGCGCAACUUGAAAAUAUUGAGCUCUAUUCCAAAAGAAUGGUUGUUGAAAGAGAUCCAAGAACUCGACACCUUAUGUACAGAGAUUUAGACUAUAUGUAUGAAAAUAUUGCUACUUGUUUUGAGAUACUGAACGAGUACAGAGAUAGUACGACCCAUAAGGUUCAGAAGAAUAUCUCAGUAUCCAUUAUUGACAAUUCUUUAAAUUGUUUUCGAGUUAUUGACCCUUCUUCAAACAUGAACGCUUUUCAGCAACAAUGCAAUGGAAUGUUGAUAGACAUGAAAAAGGAACGAGUGAUCUGUUCGCCACCCUUGUUUCUUAAAACACAACUGGACAAUUCUCUCAUUCUUCAGAGUCAAGAACACAAGUUUCAAGCCGUUGAAAAACUCGAAUUUAACUCGAAAGACUCAUUAGACUUAUUUUUCAAUUAUUUCGAUUCCAAAUACCCACUCUAUUCGAUAUACAGAGAAAAUAACGAGAUUCACAUUUUGGACGCUUCUCAUGGUACAAAAAUCACUGAUGAACAUGCUGAGAAAUUAAUAGUGGACCUUCUUGAAACCAAACUGAUGCAACAACAAGAAUUGAGAGUCAAAAAUAUGCUUAGUAUCAACGAGUACACCUAUACAUUUAGGAUAUUACCAGAUGUUAAUCAGAUCUUGCUUGUUGGCUUAUGCGACUUGUUGACUUUUCGUUAUUUAUCUCCUUCUCAAAUACAGAACUUUUGGAAAGAGAAAAUUGGAGAACAGCCAAGCAAUCUUGUUCUUUGCAUGGAUGUUAUUGAUCGAGUGACUGAUACUACUUUGAUGGAAGAGUUGAAGCAUUGUACACAACCAGAAACUAGUUUCGUUGUAUAUUGGAUCAAUGGUCAAUAUUUCAUCCUUAAUCGUCAGCGAUAA